CACUACUUAAAGAAACAUCAAACACUACUCUUUACUCUCUCAACCAGCAGUGACUGAUCAAGAAUGGAUAUUUUUCGAAGCUAUUAUUCGGACCCACUUAGUGACUCAUCAUCAACAUCUGAUACCAGCAGCUCCCCUAGUAGAGCUAAUCUUACUGAAUAUUCGUCAGUUAUGUUAGCUUCAAAAAACCCCAAGAAGCCAUCCGGGAGAAAGAAGUUUCAGGAAACUCGUCAUCCAGUAUAUAGGGGAGUCAGGAAGAGGAAUUCAGGCAAGUGGGUUUGUGAAGUCAGAGAACCCAAUUCAAAAUCAAGGAUUUGGCUUGGCACUUACCCAACCGUGGAAAUGGCGGCUAGAGCUCAUGACGUGGCGGCUUUAGCAUUAAGGGGUCAUUCUGCUUGCUUGAACUUUGCCGACUCUACUUGGAGGUUGCCUAUCCCCACUUCCGCCGACUCCAAGGAUAUUCAGAAGGCAGCUGUUGAGGCCGCCGAAGCCUUCCGACCAUUGGAAGGAAUUUCAGGAGAAUCUGGCAGUACUCCUGAAACGCCAGAGAGUACAGUUUCAGGAGAAUCUGACAAUACUCCUGAAAUGUCUGAGAGUAUAGUUUCAGGAGAAUCUAGCAGUGCUCCUAAAACGUCUGAGAGUACAGUUUCUGGAGAAUCUGACAGUACUCGUGAAACGACUGAGAGUAAAUUUUUUAUGAAUGAGGAAGCACUAGAGAGUAGGUUCUUUAUGGAUGAGGAAGCGCUCUUCUACAUGCCCGGAUUAAUUACUUAUAUGGCAGAAGGACUAAUGCUACCUCCACCUCAAUGUGCAGAAGUUGGAGAUCAUGUGGAAGUUGAUAGUUACAUGCCUCUAUGGAGUUAUUCUUUCUAAAUAGUUUUGGUAUUCUAUCUUCCCUAUUAAGUACAGUUUCUUAAAUUAGGAUUUAGGAGAUUUUAGUGAUUUCCGUACUCAAUAUUUGGAUGGUACGGAUGUACACUAGUAUUGUAAUUUAGUAACUUUUGUGUAUAUUAAUAGAAUUGAAAAUAUAUUAAAAUGGUUAUUGAAAGUAGUUUCAUUGAAUUGUUAAAU